AUGCACCUGAAUAAUAAGGUGACUAAGUUUAUUCUGCUUGGGUUGACACAGGAUCCUGUUUGGAAGAAAAUGGUGUUUACCACUUUCUUGCUUUUCUACUUGGGGACAUUGUUUGGUAACUUGCUGAUCAUUGUAACCAUCAAGACCAGUUGGGUACUUCAGAGUCCCAUGUACUUCUUCCUUUUCUACUUAUCCUUAUCUGACACCUGCUUCUGUACUUCCACAGCCCCUAGAAUGAUUGUGGAUGCCCUUUUGAGAAAGACCACUAUUUCUUUCACAGAAUGCAUGAUCCAACUCUUUUCAUCCCAUUUCUUUGGCUGCCUGGAGAUCUUCAUCCUUAUACUCAUGGCUGUUGACCGCUAUGUGACCAUCUGUAAGCCCCUGCACUACAUGACCAUCACGAGCCACCAAGUCCAUGGUGUGUUGGUGGCCAUGGCCUGGGUAGGCUCCUGUGUGCAUUCUUUAGCUCAGAUUUUUCUUGCCUUGAGUUUGCCUUUCUGUGGCCCCAAUGUAAUCGAUCACUACUUCUGUGACUUGCAGCCCUUGUUGAAACUUGCCUGUUCAGACACUUAUGUGAUCAACUUACUCCUGGUGUCCAAUGGUGGUGCCAUUUGCACAGUGAGAUUUGUCAGGCUGAUGUUCUCCUAUGUUGUCAUCUUGCAUUCCCUGAGGAACCACAGUGCUGAAGGGAGGAGGAAAGCCCUGUCUACCUGCAUCUCCCACAUCACCAUGGUCAUCUUCUUCUUUGGUCCAUGCAUAUUUAUAUACAUACGUCCUGCAGCCACCUUUCCCAUGGAUAAGAUGAUAGCUGUGUUUUAUACAAUUGGGACACCUUUGCUCAACCCUCUGAUUUAUACGCUGAGGAAUGCAGAAGUGAAAAAUGCGAUGAGGAAGUUAUGUGGGAGCAAGAGAUUGAUCUCAGAUGAUGAAAGAUGA